AUGCCUACAGCUUUGACGCCCAAGCUUUGCAGCGAGGCGGUGGCAACAAUCAGGCCUGCCGCGCAAGCCUUUGCUGCUUCCGGUGGUGCCUUGCAGAGCUCCUUCGCAGCUGUCUGCCCUGGAUCUUGCUGGGCGGUUGCAUACUUUGGCUUCUGUGCAGUGACAGGCAACACGAGCUCGCGGAGGCUGCCUUGUCUUUGGGAAGUACCUUGCUUUUUGUUUCAGUUGUGUUUACCCGCAUGCAAAGCCAAGACAGUUGAGCUGCCAGAAGCUUUCUCGAAGACCCCAGAAGAUCUGACAUUGUUUGACCCAACGCCGUGCUUGUGGCAUUUGGGGGCUUCAGCCCGGUACUUCUGCAACACCUCCCAGCUGGACGUACGCUUUUUGCAAAAUCAGCAUGUUACCCUUGUGUCGCCCCCCAUAUCACCCCCGUGUCACCUACAGUGA